AUGAUGUAUCACAUUCAACCCUGGAUGAUCCUCUCUCUUCUUCCUUUGUCAUCAGGAUUCGAAGCAAUGAAAUUAGCCACAAGUGAGCAAGCGUUCGCUUUCCAAGAUGAACAUCAAGUAAUUUUUAAUAUGGGAAUUCUUCUGUUUGGUGCAGUGUUGGCCUUCAUGCUUGAAUAUUCAGAAUUCAUGGUUGUGUCACAAUCAUCUGGUCUCACUCUAUCCAUUGCUGGCAUUUUCAAGGAGGUGCUGACAUUGUUGCUGGCUGCUUUCAUAAACGGGGAUGAGAUGAGUUUGGUUAAUGCUGUUGGUUUACUCAUGUGCCUGGCAGGUAUAGUACUUCAUGUUCUUUUCAAGUACAAGCAAACAGCAAAUUAUCACAAUAAUAAAUUACUAGGAGACCAGAAGUUUUCACUUGUUAGGCCACCUUGUAAGAAAAGAAAAGUAAAAUAA